AUGAAGUUCAACCCAUCGGUCACCGACCUCUUGAAAUAUGACAGAGAUCAUAUAUGGCAUCCAUAUACCAGCAUGAGUAAUCCCAUGCUCGUUUAUCCUGUUAAGGAGGCCCAUGGGUGUGAGAUAACCUUGGAAUCUGAAGAGCCGAAGAAUCACAAAAUGAUCGAUGCCAUGUCUUCAUGGUGGUGUGCCAUUCACGGAUAUAACAAUAAGGAAAUAAAUGAUGCGCUAGUGUCGCAAAUUACCAAGGUCUCUCAUGUUAUGUUCGGCGGCUUGACUCAUGAGCCGGCCAUUACGCUUGUCAAAAAGCUGCUAAAGUUACUGAACCAUGACGAACUGCAGCACUGCUUCUUGGCCGACUCUGGCUCUGUCGCAAUGGAAAUUGCCCUCAAGAUGGCCCUCCAAUACCAAUUUAGUUUGAACCCUGUACCUUCUUUCCAGAAGAGAAAAUUUUUGACGAUUUCAAAAGGAUACCAUGGAGAUACUAUCGGUGCAAUGAGUGUUUGUGAUCCAUUUAGCUCUAUGCAUUCGAUUUACAGUGGCUACGUUGCCGAAAACAUCUUUGCUGAAGGACCCUCAACAGUUCCCACCUUGCCAACCUCGAAGAUAUUCAAGGAAAAUCCGCAGCUCUUCGGCGACACUGUGGCAUUUGACGAGAAGGAUAUAGCAGACUUUCGUGUCAAAUUGAAGAAUAACCACGAAGAGAUUUGCGCGGUUGUUUUAGAACCUAUUCUGCAAGGCGCUGGUGGGAUGAGGCUUUACCACCCUCAGUUUUUGAUUGAAGUCAGAAGGCUAUGCGAUAGCUACAAUAUUCCGCUUAUUUUGGACGAGAUUGCUACGGGUUUUGGUCGCACUGGUGCGAUGUUUGCCUUUCACCAUUGUAAAAUCUAUCAAGAUGAGCAGAACAUUCCAAAAGAGUCACAGGUGGACGUUUAUCCAGAUAUUAUAUGUGUCGGUAAAGCUUUGACAGGUGGUUACAUGACACUGAGUGCAGUUGUGACUACACCAAAGAUAGCAAUAACGAUCUCCAAUCCUAGCUUACCUACCGGUGGAUGUCUGAUGCAUGGCCCAACAUUCAUGGGAAACCCUCUCGCCUGCGCUGCGGCCAACAAGUCCUUGGACAUACUUCUUCGUGGAGAUUGGAUUGAUGAAGUGCUGUUCAUCGAAAACCAGCUGUUUGUUGGUCUGUACAAAAAAGUGAUUGCGGACGACGUAGUCAUGCAGGUGGUUUCUGAUAUCAGAAUAACGGGAGCUGUCGCUGUCUUAGAGCUCAAAAACGCUGUUGAUUCUCUGUGGUUCCACCACAAAUUUGUUUCAAAGGGAGUCUAUGUUAGACCUUUCAGAAAUUUGUGCUACAUUAUGCCUCCAUACAUCAUCUCUGCGGAAGAACUUAGUAAAGUGACAAGAGUUAUUAGGGAGGUUCUAAGGGAGUGGGCGGCAGAAAUAUCUGCAAAAAAGAAUUGA